AUGGAGGAGUGCAGGAUCGAUGUAGAAGUAGUAAGGCGAAAUAGUAAUUGUACAUCAGAGGAUGUUAAGCUUGUCUCGAAAGUUAGAGACAGCUCCAACUAUUUUCAGGUUUUGGGUCUGCCAUGGCCGGGGUGGAGUUCCACGAAAAAGAUCAAGAAUGCGUAUACGAAUUUAUCUAAAAAGCUCGAUCCACACAAAAACAAAGCACCCGGCGCCGAGGAAGCACUUAAAAAAGUGAACGACGCAUUCAACUGUCUGAGUCAUAGGCCCUCAAGGUUCCUACAUGCAUUCAUAGCUGAUUGGGAUUCCAACGGCGACUCGUCACACCUCACAGGCGUGUUAUUUAUUUUGGGUGCUAUAAUCGUAAUACUUCCUUUUUUUUGCAUCUCGCCCGACCCCACAACCACACCAUAUGAAAUAAAAGUGUCCGGAGAUUAUAAGUUACCGAUGACAACGAAGGAAUAUGGAAUCGUGUUUUAUGUGACAUCACAAGAUGAGUUUGAAGAGAAAUAUCCAUCCAGAACUGUUGCACGCGUGUUCAUUGAACAUAAAAUCUUAACGGAUUACCGAAGAUUGCUUCAAACUUAUUGCUCUCACGAACUCGACUGGUAUUCAAAACGCCCAGACUUUCCAACUCCUAUAUGUGACAACCUUGGGACUAUAUUUAUAGGUUAA